AUGUCUAGAACAUCGUCGGAGUCCAGAGACAUUGCAUGGUUACUCUGGUCUGCAACCACGCCGUCCGCGGCACCAAACUUUAAAACGGCACUUAUAAACCCCGAUGCACCGCGCGGCUCCACAUUCCCACCGGAACAUAAAAUUAAUUUAGUAACUUUGUGGUUAUACAAAAUGUCAGACAAAUUAGAACUCGACCCCCUUUUCAACAAGAUCGAUGAACUCAAGCCUCAAUUCAUCGAGAGAUUACGCCAGGCUGUUGCUAUUCCUUCGGUUUCCAGUGAUGAAUCAUUGCGUCCUAAGGUUGUGGCCAUGAGUGAAUUUCUCGUUAAAGAGCUUAAAAAAUUAGGUUUCCAUGACAUCCAGUCUCGCGAAUUGGGUACCCAGCCUCCUCCAGUGGCAGAUCCUAAUUUACAGCUUCCACCUAUCAUUUUGGGCAGAUUUGGAAAUGAUGCUAAGAAGAAGACGGUGUUGGUAUAUGGCCAUUAUGACGUGCAACCAGCGUUGUUGGAAGACGGCUGGAACACCCCACCAUUUGAGCUUACUCACGACAAGACGAAGGACAUCUUGUACGGAAGAGGAUCCACCGAUGACAAAGGUCCAGUGAUCGGAUGGUUGAAUGUGAUCGAAGCCCAUAAUGAGUUGAAAUGGGAGCUUCCCGUCAACUUGGUGGUGUGCUUUGAAGGUAUGGAGGAGAGUGGAUCAUUAGGAUUGGAAGAACUCAUUGGUCGCGAGGCCAAACAGUACUUCAACAAAGUGGACACUGUAUGUAUUUCCGACAACUAUUGGCUCGGUACUAGUAAACCUGUGUUGACUUACGGUUUACGAGGAUGCAAUUACUACCAAAUCACCGUCAAUGGACCUGGUGCUGACUUGCACAGUGGAAUUUUCGGUGGAAUUAUCGCAGAGCCAAUGACUGACUUGGUAAAGGUAAUGUCUCAAUUGGUCGAUUCCGCCGGUAACAUUUUGGUUCCUGGAGUGUUGGACAUGGUAGCACCACUCACCGACAAGGAAAAUGCCCUUUAUACCGACAUUGACUUUUCUGUGGAAGAACUCAAUGCUGCUUCUGGUUCCAAUACCGCUCUCCACCAGAAGAAAGAAGAUAUUUUGAAGCACAGAUGGAGAUACCCCUCGUUGUCUUUACAUGGAAUUGAAGGUGCCUUUUACGGUGCUGGUGCCAAGACGGUGAUUCCUGCCAAGGUUAUCGGCAAAUUUUCAAUUAGAACUGUGCCAGAUAUCGAUUCUCACAAAUUGGACCAACUUGUAUUCGACUAUGUCAACAAGAAAUUCGCUGAAUUGAAGUCGCCCAACACUUUGAAGGUCGAAUUGAUCCACGACGGAAACUACUGGGUCUCCAAUCCAUUCAACGAAGCUUUUACCGCUGCUGCCAAAGCUACUGAGCACGUUUGGAACAUCAAGCCGGAUUUCACUAGAGAAGGUGGAUCCAUUCCAAUCACCUUAACUUUCGAACAGCAAUUAAAGACAGAUGUGUUGUUGCUUCCUAUGGGUAGAGGUGAUGACGGUGCCCAUUCCAUCAACGAAAAGUUGGAUAUAAGCAACUAUAUCAAUGGGUGCAAAACUUUGGGAGGAUACUUGCACUACUACGGACGUGGUUAG